CAAAGUGGAGGAGGCUUUAUUGGAGGGAAUUAUGGAUCUCAAGGAGCCAAAGAACUAAACAAUGGCUCAAACAAACGUUCAAGUGGAAAUACACUCCGUCCAGUUAUGAUUAAACAAAUUCUUGAAGCAUCUCAACAACAUCCAGAUGCAGAGUUUAAAGUUGAUGGGACGGAGAUUGGUCAGGUGCUUCUAACAUAGUUUAUCUUAUUUAUUCAACAAAACAGCUUACUUUUGUUGCGGUUGUACGCAACAUUUCUAUCCAAUCUACUAAUAUUACCUACCGUAUGGAAGAUGGAACAGGCUUAAUUGAAGUCAAACAAUGGUUAGAAAUGGAGACUAUUACUGAUGAUAAUCCAAAAAAAAACAUUGACAUUACUCCUGAUACAUAUGUUCGAGUUAUUGGUCAAUUAAAGUCUUUUAACAAUAAAAGACACAUUUAUGCACAUCACAUACGUCCAAUUUCGGAUUUAAAUGAGGUCCAGUAUCAUAUUUUAGAAACAACCGCUAUUCAUCUUUAUUUUACAAGAGGUCCACCUCAAAAUAAUGAUUCUUCAAAACCAUUUACUACAAUUGAUAGAAACUCCUCAAAUUAUGGUAUUCAUGAUCCAAUGAAUAUAAAUGAGAUGUUAGGAGCUCAAUUUUCCUUACGAAAUCUUUCUCCUUAUCUUCAAAAGGUUAUGGCUGCUGUUCACGCUGCUCCUAAUACAAAUGAAGGUGUUAAUAUUCAUCAACUCGCAAAAACAAUAGGAGGCGGUAAUAUAGAACGAGCGAUUGAAGAAUUAACUAAUGAUGGCUUGCUUUAUACAACAAUUGAUGAUGAACAUGUCAAAAGUACUAUUCAACCUUAAAAACAAAAAAGAUA